UUUGAAUUGUAAGAUGCGCGCGCACUUUUAGGGUUAGGUUAAACUUAUGACGUGCGCGAUACGUAUAAUAUAGCUGUGCGUCUCUAACGUUAAUUAUUGUCUUAUUAUUGCUUUCGGGCGUCGACAAAAAUUUUUCUUUUAUCUUGAUCACGUUUUGUUAUAAAACACGAAAGUAUGAAUUGACAAUUGAUCGUGAUUUUAUUCUGAAACUUUUAUUCAUGAACGAAAAGUAACAGUACAUGAACUGCAAGUUUGUGCGUCAGCUUUGAGUUCAUUAGCCAGUUUUGAGAAGUGCAACUAUUCACAUUUAUGCUUCAUGCAGUUUAAAAAAGGACUGUUUAGACAAACUGUUGCGCUGCUUAUUUACCACAAUGUCUAUACGUCGAAAAACUGAUCCGUUCAUGACACAACGAAUAUGGGAUGCCAUAAAAAUAACUGUACAUCAGAGAAGUUUACCUAGUAAUGAACGUAUGGUACGACACCUAGCUCGGGUUUAUGGAAUUACUGAACAAGAAGCUCAGGAAGAAUUAAACAAAGCAGUCGGCGAUGGACUUGUACAUUUAAAGAAAGUACCAACCAAGAAUGGUAUAGAACAAGAAAGUUAUAAACUACCAACAGAUAUCACAUUUAACGAUGGUCAUGACUGGUACUGUUGUAAAUGUCAGAGGGCAGGAACAAUGGAAUGCUGUCAACAGUGUUACAGAGUUUACCACUCUGAAUGCUAUGUGCCUAGUAACGUUAAAUUAAAAAUAUGUAAUUUCUGCGAAAGUAUAAAUAACGACACAUACUCGGACAAAGUUGAUCUCAACCACAUUCUAAGCUUCACUUGUGGACAUUUGAAAGCAAAAUUGCCACCAGAAAUUACAAAUCGCACUAUUGUUUUUAACAACGAUCCUAUUACACCAAUUAAUAAACAUUCAGGACCAACAUGGAUCAGCGAAGGUGAAGAUGCAUGGCGACCAGGUGUUCUUAUAAAACACCAUAUGGACCUGGCAAUAAUGGAUUCAAAAAUUAAAAAAAAUGAAUAUACUACUCUUGCUGAAUUUGAAGCUGAUGCACAUAAUAUUUUGCACAAUAUUAUUGUGUAUCAUGGGGCUCACAGUGUAAUUGGAGAAAUGGGUCUCACGAUGUAUCAAGAUUGCUGUUACGACCUUCAAGAAAUACGACGUUGUGCUGAUUGUUAUAGAAUAUCGAAUGAAAAGUCUGAGAAAAUGUGGUUUUGUAUACCUUGUAAUCCACCUCAUCAGUUAGUGUAUGCAAAGCAAAAGGGAUACCCAUACUGGCCAGCGAAAGUAAUGCAAGUUAAUGGCAACAUUUAUGAUGUCCGGUUUUUCGGAGGUCAUCACAUGCGUGCCAACAUCGAAAAAGUUUUCAUUCGUCCGAUUACUGCAAGUCUGCAAAGUUUACAGCCUUCGGAAAAAGGAAAGUGGAAAGAAAUGAAGAUAAAAAGAUCCACUGCUUGGAACAGAGCAUUUGAAGAACUGAAGCAUCAUCAAAAUUUGCUGCAAAAGUUGGGCAAGAGCAUCGGGGAAUUGGACAUCAGCGACGAUAAUGAGGGUCCAAAACCGACAAAAAUCCGAAAUAUUUCAUCAGAUUCGAAAAAUACGGCGAACAAUUCUAAUCCUGCGAUACAAGUUUUUAAGGACUUAAGAGUUAAAGUUGAACGUCUCAGCUCGGACGGUCACAGUGGUCUGCCAUCAAUUCAAGAGGAAAAAGAUAAUGAAGACAAAUCGGCAGUAAGUAAAGCUGGCAGCGAAGAAAGACAAGUACCGUGCUUGCCCGUGGCAGAAGAUGAACCUGCAAGAGAAAUAUCUAGUACCUGUCCUCAAGGUUUGAAGAAAGAAGGCUCACAAGAGGAUAUGGUUACGUCCAGUUCUCAAGAACCAAGAUCCAAGUGUGUUCUUGUCCAAACGGAACAAAUACAAACAGAAGCAAUACCUGCAAAGAUAAAAAGGGAACGCAGAACUUCUGAACAACCUACUACGACAGCAUUAGAAAAAUUACGUCGUGAAUUAGAACUUGAGAAAUGUAAAGAAUUAGAAGAAUUACAAGCUGAACACGCUAAAGAAUUACGACAACUGACAGAUAGACAUCAACAAAUUAUAUCAGAAAUAAAAAAGAAACAAUGGUGUUAUAACUGUGAAGCUGAAGCAAUAUACCACUGCUGUUGGAAUACUGCAUACUGCAGUACUGAUUGCCAACAAGUUCACUGGCAACGUGAACAUAAAAGAGUUUGCAGACGUAAACGCUAAUUAAUAAUGGAUGCAAUAAAUAUUCUCAUCAACUAAUGAGUUUAUGGAAAAAAAAAUUAAAACAAUUACUGUGUUUGUAAAAAGAAAAUACUUUGUAGAAGCACAUUAAUAUAUUCUUGACACCAAUUUGACACGUCUUU